AUGUGGCCCUUUUCCGCAUCCAACACUGCAGUCAUAAACGAAAAGAGGCAACAGAGGUCUCGAGCACUCGCGGACGUACCUCAGGAUGCGCUGCCCGCUCAAUCAGAGUACUUGAAGGCUUCAGCGUCAGAAAUUGUAUCACGUAUUCAGAAGGGAGAUUGGACUGCUACGGAGGUUCUCGAAGCAUAUAUCACUCGAGCCGCCUAUGCACAGUCGAAGACUAACUGCUUGACCGAAGUCAUGUUGGGUCUUGCUAGGCAACGCGCCGAAGACCUCGACAACGAGUUUGCGAAGACCAAGCAAAUAAGAGGUCCCCUUCAUGGUGUUCCUAUGAGCAUUAAAGACCAAUUUGACGUUGUUGGCUUUGACAGUUCUGUUGGCUUCUCGCAAUGGACCAACAAACCAGCAACAACUAACGCAGAUAUUGUCCGGUUUUUACUAGAUGCUGGCGCUGUUCUCUUUGUCAAGACCAACGUCCCUCAAACAAUGUUCGCCUUCGAAUGUUCCAACCCAGUGUGGGGACGGACGACCAACCCCUAUAACGAUCGCUUUACAUGCGGAGGUAGUUCAGGCGGCGAAGGGGCCUUGUUGGCUAUGGAUGGAGCUGCAGCAGGAAUUGGCACAGACAUUGGUGGCAGCGUACGCAUUCCCGCCGCCUACUGCGGCAUAUAUUCCUUGAAACCGGCAAGUGGGAGGGUUUCGUACCAUGGUGCCCAAGGGCCUAUUCCUGGUUUUGAUGGUAUUAUAACUGUUGCUGGGCCUAUGGGACGAUCGGUCGCGGAUAUCAAGCUUUUAUCGCAAGUUCUAUUUGGAGCACAGAGUGAUUUCAAUUCAAUUCCUCCAGUUCCUUUCCGAACGGUGGAAUUACCGCCUAAACUCAAGUUUGGAUACUAUACGUCAGACAACUACAUCAAGGCGUCCCCUGCUUGCAAAAGAGCUGUUCUUGAAACGGUUGAGGCGUUGCGAGCAGCAGGUCACGAAUGUGUAGAAUUUGAAUUGCCGGAUGGUCAUUCUAAAGCAGAUUCAGUCAAUCUCACACGUAAUCCCACCCCUGUAGCGCAUGUUGCGUUCAACCUGUUCGCGGCAAUCACAUCAGCGGAUGGCUACAAAUCAAUGCUCAGUCAUUUGGGACCCGAUGAAAAGGUACUAAGCGUUGUUGAAGUUCGCAACCCUGAUUCAUAUCUUCCAGCAUUGGUACGCUCAUUCGCCGCAUGGAUUCUGGAGACGUUCGUGGGCGACAAGAUCUUCGCCGAAACCAUAAGAGCUAGUAGGGCAAAGACUGUUGCUGAAUAUUGGAAGCUGAUUCACCAAAGAAAUGAAUGCGUCAAGAAAUUUUAUGAAGCUGUAUGGAAGGCUCACGGUUUCGACAGCAUAAUUGCACCUGUGCAAGCAUUGCCCCAACUGCCGCAUGGAGGAUGCGACAACUUUUCACUUUUAGCGGCAGCGACGAUCAUUUACAACGUAUUAGAUAUGCCAGUAGGGUGCCUUCCGGUCACCCGGGUCGAUGCAAGUAAAGACAAGGUGACAGAAGAGUGGACAACUGGUCCCGGAUUAGGGUCUCGAUUCCUAGAAGGCGGUAUAUACAGGGGAAAGAAUCCUCUAUACAAUCCUGAAGCGUCGCAUGGGAUGCCAGUCAAUAUACAGAUUGUUGGAAAGAGAUGGGAAGAAGAGAAAGUUGUCGCUAUAAUGGAUGUCGUCGAUAGAGCUUUGGGGAGAGACCGUGGCUUCGGGCCUGGGGCUUGGGAUGCACAUGUUAAGAAGAAUGCCUAG